CGAAAGAAUUCCCAUGAGCGGAAGAACUGCCAGUCUGUUGACAAAGUUACGCGCUUUUGGACAACCAGUUAUCAAUACUUUCUUUGACUAUCAAAUGGUAGCCAAGGACUGCGUAAAUGGAAUCCGAAAGAGACCCUUCAAGAGUUUGAGAAAUUUGUCAAUUUUUGGAGGAGGAGUGUACAUGUGGUAUACAAACCCAGAUGAACAAUCUUAUUGGAGCCAAGUAACAUUAGACUCUAAUGAGCUCAUCCUAGUGAGUGAUGCUGUGAGAAAUCCUCGAUCAAUGGAAUAUAUGAAAUUUUUAUGGACAGACUGUAACAGAAAGCAACUGAAAUAUGUGAACUGCGGUCUGUUUUCUCUUGUCAUCAAGUCUCCACAGCCUACCGUGUGCAAGAGUUAUGAGUAUGAAUGUUCACAUUUGAAGCCUGGACCAAUCACAUUCUUUAGAAGGAUUGUAGAUGUGGGUGUCGUCAAUAGAUGGUUUUACAUUGCUAAAGAGAUGGAAGACUAUGAUAUCAAUGAUGAGCAAUUAUCAAAAGCGACUGCUAACUAGAUCUGACUCUUAUACACCCAUGACUGUAUCAUAUUUUGUACUGGCUUGUCUGGAACUUGUUCAUCACUUUAUAUUACAUGCUUCACUUAUACAGAUGGUGCCAGCUAUCAGUAGUUUAGUAAACAUUUGUUUAAAUUAUAAAUAUACACAACGGGGAAAAGCUUCACACACUUAAAUGUCUUCUUGAUGUAUGUUGGAUGUAAGUGAUGAGUAAAUACAGUAGUACUG